CGUUGCUGAAGGUUUUGUUAAUAGUUUGUACUGGUUUGUACGUCAAAAAUGGAAAAGAUCGCAUAAUAUAUUUUUACCGGUAUUUUUAUAAGCAAGAAUACGUAAGGAAUUUAUUAUUUUUGGGCGCGUGUAAAGAUUCGUUGGUCCGUGCGCAACCUAUUUAAAAUUUGACAAGAUGAUGGAAGAUAUGCAAGAGGAGACCCAGUUUAUAGUAGAUGAAGUAAGUAAGAUCAUCAAGGAAGCCAUUGAAGUUUCGAUCGGAGGAAAUGCUUAUCAACAUAAUAAAGUAAAUCAGUGGACAUCAAAUGUUGUUGAAGCAUGUUUGGGAAAUCUAACAAAAUCACAGAAGCCAUUUAAAUAUAUAGUCACUUGCGUUAUUAUGCAAAAGAAUGGAGCUGGACUACACACUGCAAGCUCCUGCUUUUGGGAUAAUGCUACUGAUGGCAGCUGUACAGUUCGUUGGGAAAAUAAGACAAUGUAUUGUAUUGUUUCUGUAUUUGGUCUAGCAAUUUAAUUAAAUUUAGUAUUUUAAAAG